AUGACAGAACAGGAGCAGCAGUAUGUCUUCUACGGAGGGCCACUGGUUAACAGCGUCCACUGUGGCUGCUCCUCACUAGGAUCACUUAUACUGAAACGGCUGAAACAAAAUGGACAAAACGUAGCAUUUAUUAAUGCUGUAACAGGGGAAAUCGUAACUUUCGCUCAGAUAUUGGAACAAUCACUCAAAGUUGCGUAUCAACUGCAGAAGUAUCACAUCGGAAAGGGAUCAAUUGUGGCGGUAAUAAGUGAAAAUCGCAUCGAAUUACCAGUGGUUUCAUUCGGUGCAUUCUACCGAAACGCAACGGUUAUUCCCAUCAAUCCAAACUACACCGCUAUCGAAAUGAAUCAUGCACUAAAGCUGGUACAACCGCAAGCUAUGUUUGUCUCCGAGAAAGCUGCAACGACGUUGUUUUCCCUAAAACCACAACACAGUUACAUCGAACUUUGUGUUUCCCUCGACAACCAGCCCCUAGGUCAGGAUUGGAUUUGUUUCAAAAAAUGGCUAGAACAAACAAAUACUGCUACGGAUAGUCCCGGUCCCGUUAUUCUACAGAACGACGUAACAUUGAUGGUCAUGUCAUCCGGAACGACCGGAUUACCUAAGGCAGUUCAGCUAACACACCACAACGUAAUGACCGUGAUUGCAUACAUGCGAGAAGAUCCCAGAUACACUCAACUAUCCGUGCCAAUACGUUUGCUAGGCAUACUUCCCUUUUACCAUGUUUACGGUUUCAUGCUAACGCUUAACGUCUGCUGCAACAAAUAUCCCAUGGUGGUGCUACCUCGGUUUGAGCCAGACCUAUUUCUCCGAAGUAUUCAAGAGUACCGAGUUACAAUGGCAAACUUGGUGCCACCGUUGGUAAUUUUCCUUGCCAAGCAUCCAUCUGUCGAUCGGUACGAUUUGCGCUCACUUCAAGCUAUUCUUUGUGGAGCAGCUCCGCUCAGUAAGGACGUUGAGGAACAAGUAUUAAAACGCUUGCCACAAGUCCAGUCCAUAAGAACUGCAUACGGUAUGAGUGAAUCGUCCCUUGGAGUUAUAUCCAGAGUAAACGAUAAAGCAGGUAGCGUUGGUCGCGUUCAUAAAACAAGCUGGGUCAAGGUUACGCAUGUUGCAAGCGGCAAAACUAUCGGACCGUACGAACUAGGGGAAAUCUGUAUCAAAGGUCCAUUGGUUAUGAAAGGCUACUAUCGAAACACGGAAGCCACAAAAAUGGCAAUAGAUUCUGCAGGUUGGUUGCAUAGUGGAGAUAUUGGAUACUUCGAUGACGAAGGAGAUUUUUUCAUCGUGGAUAGAACCAAAGAUCUAAUCAAGUAUAAGGGCUCCCAGGUAGCUCCCGCUGAAGUAGAAGACAUCUUGCUUAGUCAUCCAGCAAUAAAGGACGCAGCUGUGGUGGGACUCCCUGAUGACGAUUGCGGUGAGCUGCCUGCGGCGUUUGUAGUUCGACAAGAUGGCCAUCAAUUGUCAGAAAAUGAAGUCAAACGUUUUAUUGCUUCCAAGUUAUCGCCACAGAAACAUCUCCGAGGUGGUGUAUUCUUUCUGAAUGAAAUACCCAAAACUGGAAGUGGCAAAAUACUUCGCCGUGAACUUCGUGACUUCGUUACAAAGUACUCGAAAGCGAAACUUUAAAUUAUGUUUAGCAAAUGCUUGUUUAGGCUACCUAUUGGUUGUGUAAUGAAAUAUGUUUAUGACUGUCUGAAGUUUUCCAAUUGCUAAGGGCUUUGUAGGCGCAAGGCU